AUGAAUCUUACGACUAACUUUGUUAUUUGUUCGGUAUACUUUGAACAAUCUAUUUCUACCUUUGAUUUUAAUUAUGAGGUGCAAAGAUUGAUUGAUUUUCUGCAGAAUUAUGAGCAUGUGAUACUGGCAGGUGACUUCAACGCUCGUGCCAAGAAAUUUGGAGACUAUGCUGACCUUACUAGGGGAAUAAAACUAGUCGAUAUGAUCAACAUGUCUAACUUCAAAUGUCUGAAUGAUUUAAGUCCUACCUUCAAACGAGACCUUAGUGGGUCAGUGAGUACUGUACUCGAUUUAACUUUUACCAACACUGACUGUACAACGAAUUGGAGUACUGAGCCUAUGCUUCCUGCUGGCAGUCAUCAUUACCCAAUAGUAAUUGAAAUUGUGGAGGUUAACCCUAAGGUGAAAACAUUUUUGGCUAAGGGAAAAUUGCUAUCUGCACUAAAGCAGGUGAAUUUUGACCCCAAUAUGAAUGAAAUUAAAUCAGUAUUUGAAUAUGAAAUAAAACAUGCCACUUAUGAACUAAAGGACAGAAGAACUCCUAAGGCUUGGUGGAAUGAUGAAUUGGUGAAAUUAUUUCGACUUCAGCUUGCAGCUCGUAAAAAAUGUGACAAAUACCCGACAGUGGACAACUUUAAUGAGGCGACGUAUGCAAUAUCGGUUUGGAAGGAGGCUGUUCUUACUGCGAAAAGGAAAUCCUAUGAGGAGCAAAUUCGAAAACUGAAUGAACAUCCUAACUCUAGGGAAGCCUGGCGAUUUGUUGGCAGUAUUAAUGGUGGCAACACGCGUAUCUCAUCCCUUUGGAAUAGCGACAACAACCAACUUUACUUACAAUUUUUAAAGGAGCAAGUUCCUGUAGAUGAUUCUUCUAACUGUACCCAUGUGAUACCAGAUGUCAACAUUACUCGUGCAUGGGAUGAUGGUAACCCUGCGUUUACUUUUGAGGAACUUCAGCAUGUUCUACACAACAAAACUAGAAAGUCUGCUGGUGGAGUGGAUAAAAUCACAUAUGAUAUGAUCCGUGCGCUUCCGAACUAUGCUAAAUGCUCCCUUUUAACUGCUUUGAAUGAUGCUUUUUUGGAAUCUAACGUUAGCGAAAAGUGGAGGACGAUUAAGAUAGUACCAAUACCGAAAAAGGACAAGGACUUGUCGAACUAUGAAAAUUUCCGUCCAAUUGCUUUGAUAUCUGUAUUACUCAAAAUUGUCAACAUGAUGAUUAAAGAGAGAAUGACUGAAUUCAUCAACGACAACUCCAUUAUUCCUGAAGGAAGCUUUGCCUACAGAAAAGGAAAAUCAUCGUCCAUGUGUUUGAAUGACUUCUUACACAAUGCUGCAACACUGAAGCAUAAAGGCUUUAAGGUCAUUAUUUUAGUCCUUGAUAUAAGCAAUGCUUAUAACUGCGUGAGCAUCUCUAUUUUGAUGAAAAUUUUAAACAGCCUUCAAAUCCCUGAAAUAUAUGUGGAAUGGAUUACAAAUUUCUUAUCGAAACGUACUCUGAAAUUGGGCGACAAAACUAUUACGGUUGACAAUGGGCUUCCACAAGGAAGUUGCUUAUCUCCAGUGCUUUUCAACUUGUACACAAGAAGGUUACAUGAAAUUCAAGAUGACAAUACCUUACUGUAUCAAUUUGCCGAUGACUUUACGAUUGUAUCAUUUGAUAAAGAUUUUGAUUUGGCUGUCGAAAAUUUGAGGUCCAAAAUAGGUCAGUUUAUGGAAAUCUGCAAAUCCCUGAACCUAUCGUUUAACCCGGACAAGACAAGGACUAUGUACCUUGCCAAAGGAAGCAUAAAGAAAAUACAGAUCAAAAUUGACAACAAGGAAAUUGAACAGGUUAAGAAGAUUAAAUUGCUUGGCAGAACUAUUAAUGCGUCACUCACUGUUGGAGAACACUAUGAUCGAGUUUUAUCUGAAUCCAAAAGUGGUAUUGGCUUGAUAAGUAAAUUAACCACCAUAAAAAGUGGUUUAUCGCCUAAGGUUGCUUUGAAUUUAUACAAAAGUUUCGUUCGGUCUAAAGUGGAAUAUUCCAGGACUACUGCUGCUCACACACCGAAUUCAAUCAAUCGCUAA